AUGAUGGAAUUAGCACCCGCAAUUACCCUCCACGCCGUGGAUGCCGACAUGGACUCAGCCUCUAGCGUUAUCAGCAGCAACGGUACGGACAACGGCCGCGAGUCCAUCUGCACGACACCGCCAACAGAACCCAGAGUAACCCGGACAAAGUAUCGAGAUGUUGCCGAACGGCCGCCGUUCGUUCGCAUCCCUGACCUAUUUGGUUCCAUCAUGUCAACGAAACCGGUUGUCAAUCCCAACUACUUUGCGGCCAAAUCCAAAGGGGAUCGAUGGAUUUCGAGGCAAGUGGUUUCUAUUCCUAAGCCCGUCAUGAAAUUCGACAAGGCAACGGCAGCAAGAAACGCCAAAGUCGACCUGUGUUUUCUCGCCUCCAUUUGGUCGCCAGAGGCCUCAGAGGACCGACUGGUCACCAUGCUCGACUGGAAUCAUUGGGUGUUUCUCUUCGACGAUCAGUUUGACGAAGGACACCUAAAAGAAGAUCCCGCAGCGGCGGAAGAAGAAGUGAAGGAGACAAUUGCAAUUAUGACUGGGGGUGCGCCGCGAUACACUCCAGAAUCGAACCCCAUCAGGCACGUCUUCCAGAGAUGUUGGGACACUAUCAGCGCUGUAUCUAGUAUUGAAAUGCAACAGCGCUGGAUAGACCAGCACAAGCGAUACUUUGCGCAGCUCCUCGUGCAAGUUGACCAACAAGUUGCUGGCCAGAGCUUCACACGCGACGUCGAUGCGUACAUGGAUCUACGCAGAGGCACAAUCGGCGCGUUCCCGGCGAUCAACCUCAGCGAGUUCGGCUCGGGUAUCAAGCUGCCACAGCACGUCUACGACCACCCAAGCUUACAGGAAUGCAUGGUUGUUUCGGCAGAUUUAGUGAUACUGGUCAAUGAUGUUUUGUCUUAUCGCAAGGAUCUUGAGCUAGGCGUCGACCACAACCUAAUUUCACUGCUCGUGGAGGGGAACCAUCUGAGCAUCCAGCAAGCUGUGGACAAGAUUGGCGACAUGGUGAACAACUGCUAUCGAAGAUGGUAUCUCGCUCUGGCCCAGCUUCCGUCCUACGGGGAAAAGAUUGAUCGCGAGGUUAUGAAAUUUGUCGAGGUCUGCAGAGCAGUGGCGCAGGGCAACCUCUACUGGAGGCAAGUCAAGCUCACCACGCACAAUGACGGUAUCUCGGCCCUGAAGGUCAUGAUGUCCAUGAGACAGGUGUGA